AUGGUUUUACAAAGUGGUGAUUUAUUAAUUGACAUCGGCGGUGAAGUCUAUGGACAAUCACCACUACCACCACUUAUUUCAAUUCCUGUUCAAUCGAUCCUAGAUUAUUUUCAUCUAACUUUGGAAAUUCAUCUAGUAUUCUUACUAAAUCAACGGACAACAAUUUUUCCUAAACCAGUACAUAUACAAAUGAAUCGGCUUUUACUUAGUAUCAAAUAUCCUCACACUAUAAAACGACAUCCUGUUGAUAUAGAAUCUACUGGCAAAUGGAAAGCAACACAACUACGUGUUUCCCUCUCAUGUAUUACUUUACCUUUUGCUGUUCAUUAUUAUAUACCACAACCAUAUCGUCGUCAACCAUCUGCACAAAAAUUUAUACAGCCCUCAACACCAACACCUGCAGCUAUUCUUAAAACUAAAGAAGAUGUAUCAACAGAUAUUGAUAUUCGUGGUGCUAUUGAAAAAAUAAAUCUUCGACUCGAAUUAUUAGAAAAUAAUGUAAAAUAA